GUUUAUAUCAACUCACCGUUUCGAUACAUAUUAUAACAAUGAAAAUAAAAAGUUUGCUGGAAGCAAUGGAUUUAUGAUACCAUCAAAUAAUAUGCCAUUCAAGAUUCAAUCAACGCAAAUAAAAAAUAGACCAAUUGCCUAUGGUCCAUCCGAACCUUACUCAUCUCCCUCACCAGUUACACAAGAAAACUCGCACACGCGUACCACAUCGGUAACUAAUCCUUCAAUGGCAACAGAUCCUACAUCGGCAACUUAUUCUUCAAUGGCAACAGCUCCUUCACCGGCAACUAAUCCAACAUCGGAAACACCACCCACUCCAAUGACGACACAAAAACCACAUAAUUAUUGAAACCCMCUUCUAAACCAAUUUAUUAUUUAAAAGAAUAAUUUAAA